AUGUCCAACAUAAAUUUGAUGUGCAGAUAGAUAUAAAAAUUUCGAAAUCAUAAGAGAAUUGAUAACCAAAAAAAGCUUUCCUUAAUUAAUUUGGUAUUGCAAGAGAAUUUAUCAACGAGACAAGUAAUUAAUUAUAUUAUUUAAGGCAGCACAGAAACUAUAAAUCAAAUAUUCUACUGCUAAGUAUAUUGUAAAGAAUUUCAAAAAUAAAGGGAAUAAUAUAGAUUAACAAAAACAAAAUCAAAGUAAAUAAAAAUCAAUCGUCUCCAAUGUUAAUAUUAUUAUAGAUGUCUCUGAUGGGAAUAUUGCUCUUGCAAGAAACAGCGGAAAAUAAAGUUACUAUGAUUUGAAUUCUCUGUUGGAGGAACUCAAAUAUAGCAAUUUACUUUAAACUUCUGAGUUUAUUUUGUAGAAAAUAAGUAAAAUUCCAUGGUAUCAAAUCAAUUACAGAAACUGUAAUGAUUCUGAAUUCUUAAUGGCUUCAUUACUAAAAUAACAUCAACAAAUGAAAUAAUUAUGA